AUGUCAAGUGAUCGGCCUUCUGUUCCUUUGAAUGCUGUUAAGGUGAGCAGAUUCAGCGCUUCCCAUGUGACCACUCGUUUCCACGACUGGGAGCUCGAGAGAAUGAGAGUUGUGCCUACCUCUAGUGCAUUUUAUGGCGGAAACCCUGUUCACGAUGACAACAUGUACAAGUUGAACGCCAUGAUUAAGAAGUAUAAAGACUUACCGACUAGAGUCAUCGAUAUUAAGGAGUCAAAUCUUCUCAAAUUUAUCACCCUUGCUGAGUACAAGAAGCUUGCGAACUCAGGGGCACGUGUUAAGGUCGGCCAUCACAAGGCGUUGGUCGGGGCGUUGGGCCGUUUGAGAAGCAUCCAGCCAGAAUUGAUGCCCGCAGAAGUGAGCGAAUUGUUGAAGCAAUAUUUAUCUUCAGGUGGAGACACAAGCAAGGAGCUGCAAAAAAAGAUUAAGACUUUGGAUGAGUUUGGUAGAGCCCUCACCGUGGGCAAGAGAAAAACUUCUGUGGCCUCUGUCUCCAUGGUAAAAGGUGAUGGCCAGGUGCUCAUCAAUGGAAGGUCCUUUAUUGAAUACUUUCCCAGAGACACUGACCGUUUGAAGAUUGCAUUUCCAUUCAAAGUAGUGAGCCAAGAAGGCCAGUACAAUAUUUUUGUUGAGACUCACGGUGGAGGUGUCAGCGGCCAGGCCGAGGCCACCAUGUACGGUAUUGCCAAAGCCCUUGUGGUCUUCAAUCCUUUGCUUAAGCCUCGGUUGAGAGAGGCGGGCUUAAUGACUAGGGACUCUAGAGUCGUUGAGAGAAAGAAGCCAGGCAAGGUCAAGGCCAGAAAGUCCCCUGCCUGGGUCAAACGUUAA